GUCAUAUGUUUGAAGAAGACAAACAAGAAAUCUCUUAGGAAGGAAGUGUGAUCGACAUUAUCUGAUGAACAUGUUUUGGAAUAGGCCUUUUCAUGCAUCUGUUUAUAACAAGGUCAUCUUUCUGUUUUAAGAUUAGCGUUCGCUUUGGUGUUCACUUCGCGAGCAGUAAUCAGAGCAAAAUUGGCUUGACCGUUGGCCAGAACCGUGUGUUGUUCUAAGCGUGCUGUGCAAAGGGAAGUUGUACAAUGAAUUCCUUUGUCUGUUCUCAAAUAAAGACAAUUGGGUUGUUCGUUACGUUAUUUGCGCAUGCUGCGAGUCAAGACACAGUUUACUUUUCUACUAAACCCAAAGAUAAGGAGAUAUUUGUCGGCAAGGAUGUGCAGUUUGAUUGGGAAUAUGUUGUGGAAGACGUGCAAGAAGUCGGAUUCGGAGUUGUUGUCGAAAAAAACAAUGUGGCCAUUCUGGUUAAGACUGAGAAGGGAACUAUACAGAACAACCUUGACCAGAGCGUUGAAUGGAUUCGGAACAGAGUCGAGAUCGUCCCUGACAAGCGAGCGAGUUUUAAGAUUAGGAAUGUUGAAUUGGAAGACUCCACGACUUUCUUUUGUCAAGUUAGAUAUGGAAUCGGAAAAACUGAAAGUGAUACAGUCAAGCUGUCCGUUGUUGAUCUUUUGAUAAAUGAGUCUGCCUCUGACACCAGUGAAGAGUCUUGGCUAAACCACAAGAUAACAGUAGUUUGUGCAGUAAAGAUUCCAGAGGGCCACAAAGCAACCUUCUCAUGGAUGCACAUUCCAUCUAACAGGACAGUGCCCAAGAGAUUGCAUGAUGACACGGGUAGCAAAAGCUACCUUUCAAUGAUCACCAAACGAGAUGUUGAGUUUGAGACACUGCAGUGCCGAGCUGAAAACCGGGUCACUGUGAAGUACCAUAAAAUCGAUAUAAAAAAGCUGAGUCCACCUUCAUCACCAAGAAACCUUAAAACACAAAGAGGGUUUGACCAGGAAAGUGCAAAAAUUUAUGUUCAUCUUAAAUGGGAUCCCCCUUCAACAGAUGGUGGCACAGAAAUCAAACAUUACGUAGUCCAGUAUGUGGCUGAAGGUCUCCCGUGGAAGUCACCAAACACAGCCAAAACCACAAGUACAGAGUAUUGUGGCCUGAGGCUUCCAAAUGGAAAAUACAAUGCAAGAGUGAGGGCACAGAACAAAGCAGGUCUAGGGCCAACUUCAAAUGAAGUACUUAUAGAUCUUGAAGACUUUGAACCCUCACAGCUAACAAUUUCUGGCAGUUCCAACAUGCACUGUCCAGAGAUUUCACUCCUUUUGCUCUCUGUUUUGGCAUGGUUCCUUUAGCAUGUGGCUGAUGUGUUAGGAUGUUACUGAGAACCUACUUUCAGGAUCCUGAAUGUUUGUUUUAUCAAUUAAACAAAGAAAAUAGGGUAAUUGUGAGGAAGAACACCCAAAAAAAAAACUGUCAGUCAACCCACAAGCAACAGUUGGCCAUCAGUUAACUGACAGUUGGCCAAUGAUCUACAUUGUUAGAGAGAUUGCAGCAAAAAUGUUAGUGUUGAAUUGAGGCAUGAACUUGUUUUAAAAGUGCAUGAUUCACAGGGGUUUCAUUAAUGUUUUCAGCAGAAGGGCAACUGGUUCUUACAGGCAGGCAAAAACUUUUUGACUGAUCUUCUAUGUAGGAUAAACUUUCCUGUAGAUGGUCAAACCAGGUGGGCUAAGUCAUGCAUCUUCAUUAAACCAGUAAAUUUGCCCAGCUAUGUAUAGUGCCAGGCCCUUAAUGAAACCCCUGGAUUCAAUUAAUGUAUGCAGAGCAAGAUCAACAUCUACAUGCAAGUACAAGCAUCUGUAAAAAGUACAGUCAGAGUAUUCUUUUGGAUGUUAAUUCUUGGGUAUAUUGCCAUAAAAUACAAAUAAAAUUUUUGCAAUGGCCUGUCAGUUAUCUCUAUUUUUGCGAUAACCUGUCAGUUAUCUCUCGGCCAACUGUUGGCCAACAGUUAAUAGAGACCAGAGGGGUGAUGUUCAUCACAAUUCUGGACAAAUUGAACGGCACUCAGGUUUUAUACAUGUACACAUAUCAUGCAAAGUAAUGAUCCUCACAGGUGACCUGUAUACACAUAAUUGUUGAGGGGGCAAUUUAUACUUAUAAUGUCAUGAGAUGACCCCAAAGCUCCCCUCCCCCCCCCCUCUUCUUAUACUUAGUUCUUAUUAAUCAACCAAUGGGGAGGUCUGUAUGGGAGAAUCUUGACCGAGGUCGCCAGUACAGACUGUACACAGUGAGGUCUGCAGCAGCGACCGAGGUCAAGAUCCUCCCAUACAGACCGACCUAGCGCAUCAAUGUUUAUUAUAUGGCUGUGUCUUGUGU